AUGCCCGCUGUGGAAUACACCGUUGUCGUCCCUGCGUAUAGAGAGGCGGGCAACUUGCGCCCGCUCGUGACGCGCAUCUUCGCCGCGCUGGCCCGCAUCGACUCGCCCGUGCCCGCGCCGCUCGUCGAGGUGAUCAUCGUCGACGACAACUCGCGCGACGGCUCGGAAGAAGUGGUGGAGACGCUCCAGCGCGAGGGCUACAACGUCCGCAUCAUCGUGCGCACAACCGAGCGCGGGCUCAGCAGCGCUGUCGUCCGUGGCUUCCAGGAAGCGCAGGGAGACAACAUGCUGUGUAUGGACGCGGAUCUGCAGCACCCGCCCGAAUAUGUCCCGGCAAUGCUCGCCGCCCUUUCCCCCUCAAAACAGUUCGUCCUUGGGACGCGAUACGGUGGCGGCGCUGGCGCUGUCGACGAGGGCUGGCCGCUCUACCGGCGCGUCAUUUCUGGCGGCGCACGCGUGCUCGCGCUCCCCUUGACCGCCGCAAGUGACCCCAUGUCCGGCUUCUUCGGCGUCCGCAAGGAAUCUUUCUUGAAAGCGCGCAACCUGAACUCGCAAGGCUUCAAGAUCGCGCUCGACAUGCUUGUGAAGGCGCAAAUUCCCUCGCACGCGAUCGCCGAAGUGCCGUUCGCGUUUGGACUGCGUUCGGUCGGCGAGAGCAAGCUCACGGGCAAAGUCAUGCUACGCUACCUCACGCAGCUACUCGAGCUGUAUUGGUACGCGUACUCCGGCGUCGUCGCGUUCGUAUUUCUGCUACUAAUCGCACUUAUAAUCCUGUUCAUACGUUGGCUGUGGUACAUUGGGGAGGAACCGAUGAUCACUGUGCCCAUUAGCAGGGGAAGGGGAGCUGGGCAUUGA